UGUGUGUGUGCGCGCGCGCAGAGCCUCGGUUCGGUCCUGUGUCCCGUCAAGCUGCAGCACCGGGGGAAGCUGAACCACUGGCCUGAGCUGGGGGGAGCAGUGACCGCCUGUAGCAUGAUGUCCUACCUCAAACAGCCCCCUUACGGGGUCAACGGCCUGGGGCUGAGCGGGGCGGCCAUGGACCUGCUGCACCCCUCGGUGGGCUACCCAGCGACUCCCAGGAAGCAGCGGAGGGAGAGGACCACCUUCACCCGCUCGCAGCUCGACGUCCUGGAGGCUCUGUUCGCCAAAACCCGGUACCCGGACAUCUUCAUGCGGGAGGAGGUGGCGCUGAAAAUCAACCUGCCCGAGUCGCGAGUUCAGGUGUGGUUCAAGAACCGGAGGGCCAAGUGUCGCCAGCAGCAGCAGAGCGGCAGCAGCGCCAAGGCCAGGCCGCCCAAGAAGAAGUCCUCUCCGGCCCGGGAGAGCACYGGCUCCGAGAGCAGCGGCCAGUUCACGCCUCCCGCCGUCUCCAGCACGGGCUCGUCGUCCUCCUCGUCCUCGUCCACCAACCACACGGGCCCCGCGGCUCUGAGCAGCACCUCUACCUCCAUCAGCACCGUCUCCUCCAUCUGGAGCCCCGCCAUCUCCCCGGGAAACGCCCCGGCUCCGGCCGUGGCCCCGCUGCCUGAGCCCGGACCCCCGUCCAACCCCUCCUGCAUGCAGCGCUCCAUGUCGGGCUCGGCCGCCGCCGCCGCCGCCGCCGCCACCUCCUACCCCAUGUCCUACAACCAGACGCCGGGCUACGGCCAGGGCUACCCGGCCCCCUCCAGCUCCUACUUCAGCGGCGUGGACUGCGGCUCCUACCUGGCGCCCAUGCACUCCCACCACCACGCCCACCAGCUGAGCCCCAUGGCGGCCUCGUCCAUGUCCGGACACCCGCACCACCACAUCAGCCAGUCGUCGGGCCACCACCACCACCACCACCACCACCACCAGGCGUACGCCGGCUCCGGCCUGGCCUUCAACUCGUCCGACUGCCUGGAUUACAAAGAGCAGACUGCAGCCUCGUCGUGGAAGCUCAACUUUAACACCACAGACUGCUUGGACUACAAAGACCAGGCCUCCUGGAGGUUCCAAGUCUUGUGAUCACCCUUUUUUUUUUAAAUCUCCUGCUCCCUUCUUCUGUUUUCCAGAGUAGUUUGUUGCUUGUUAUUAAAGAGUUUAUGAACCAUAGCAGCAGGAAGGCUCAGCAAUCGAACUGCUUUUCCUCCAUCUUGUCCUCCUAAACAAUGAAAAUAACAAUAAGAGAAACGUCUUUAAGUCCUGCGAAGCAUCAGGAGCAGUUUUCAGACCAUGAAGAGUGGCUUUAUAGGACCAUCCUUCUUGGAGGAGAUAAACCAAACUGGUUUUUGUCUUUCUUUCUUUCUUUUUUUAAACCAAACUCCUUCAAACCACCAGCUCUCUGGAUGGGA